CCGUUGUAAAAUAGCUCAUGUAUAAGAAAGAGAUAGUGGAACUUGCAUUUGGAUUACAAAGUUUGGUUCUCUAUGGUUUCAGUAAGAUACCAAAACCAAUCUUGCAAAAUGUAUUUGAUUCUUGCAUCAGUAGUUAAAGCUUAAAAAUUUUGGUAAUAUUUUUUGGCCUCUGGAUAUGACAUGGUUCAUAUAUAAACUUGAAUUGGAAACUAGGAUUGGUUGAGUUAAUGGAAGAAAAAUUUUAUAUCUUUGAAACAAAAAAGAUAAAAAGAAGCUAUUUUACACUGAGCAUAGAGCUCAUGUAACUGGUACACAGCAAGCAUAGAGAGCCCUGGUUCGCACGCACCUACUUACUCUUCUUAUUUUCAGAGUCUCUCCGAUUUGCAGACUAACCUUUGUAAUCGUUUAACAAAGUUUAGAGACAGCGGGAAUGAAAAACCAAAAUCUCGGCAGCCACAGCAAAGAAGGGAUAUAAAUGAAUGAAGAAGUGAAUGAGGAUUUCCAAGUGGAGGUUGUGUCUCAUCAUCAAACGCCAAUAUUCAGGUUCAAGUAAACCCAGCCAAUAUUCAGGUUCAAGUAAACCCAACCUCACAGCCUGGUUCAACAAAUACGUGGACAAAGCCGAUGUCUGUUCGUGGAACUCGGUUAUUGCAGACUUGGCUCGGAGCGGUAACUCCGUCGAAGCCCUCCGAGCCUUUUCGUCAAUGCGAAGGCUCUCGCUCACCCCCAACCGCUCCUCCUUUCCUUGCGCCAUCAAAUCCUGCUCGGCUCUGUUGGAUCUUUACUCCGGCAGGCAAGCCCACCAGCAGGCCUUGGUUUUCGGCUUCGAGUCCGAUCUUUUCGUCUCCUCUGCUCUCAUUGACAUGUACUGCAGGUGCGGUUUAUUGAGGGACGCAUGGAAGUUGUUCGACGAAAUUCCUCGCAGAAAUGUGGUCUCUUGGACGUCCAUGAUCACAGGCUGCUUGCUAAACGACCACACCCGCCAAGCCUUGUUGCUUUUUAAGGAGUUGUUGGUCGAUGAAUUUGACAAUGAGGACGUUGCUUUAGAUCCGGUUGUUCUGGUUUCGGUUUUGUCGGCUUGUUCUCGUGUUUCCAGCAAGGGACUUACCCAAUGUGUUCAUGGGUUGGUGAUGACAAGGGGUUUUGAUGAGGAUUUAGGAGUUGGAAACACCUUGAUGGAUGCAUACGCCAAGUGCGGUGAGCUCGGUCUGUCUAGGAAGGUGUUUGAUGGAAUGGCUCAAAGGGAUUUGGUUUCUUGGAACUCCAUGAUUGCAAUAUAUGCACAAAGUGGAUUUUCUAAUGAAGCAUUGCAUGUUUUCUAUGGGAUGGUGAAGGAGGGUGACUUACUCUACAAUGCAGUGACAUUGUCUGCCGUCUUGUUAGCCUGUGCGCACGCUGGGGCUCUGCUAGUGGGCCAAUGCGUACAUGAUCAGGUUGUAAAAAUGGGCUUGGAAGAGAAUGUGAUUGUGUCUACCUCUAUUAUUGACAUGUAUUGUAAGUGUGGAAGAGUUGACAUGGCAAGGAAGGCAUUUGAUUGCAUGAAGGAGAAGAAUGUCAAGACCUGGACUGCUAUGGUUGCAGGUUAUGGAAUGCAUGGUCGGGCCAAGGAGGCUUUGGAAGUCUUCUACAAAAUGAUAAGCCAUGGCAUUAAGCCAAAUUACAUAACAUUUGUGUCGCUUCUAAAUGCUUGCAGCCAUGCUGGUCUAUUAGCAGAAGGAUGGUAUUGGUUUAAUACCAUGAACCAUGAAUUUGGUGUAAAACCUGGGAUUGAGCACUAUGGGUGCAUGGUGGACCUUCUUGGGCGUGCCGGUGAUCUCACUAAGGCUUAUGAUUUAAUAAAAGGAAUGACAAUGAGGCCAGACUCUGUGGUCUGGGGUUCCUUUCUUGGGGCUUGUAGGAUACACAAAAACGUGAAGCUUGCAGAGAUUUCUGCUAGGAAACUGUUUGAGUUGGAUCCAAAUAAUUGUGGGUACUACAUCUUGCUUUCAAAUAUAUAUGCCGAUGCUGGGAGAUGGGAAGAUGUUGAGAAGAUGAGACUACUAAUGAAGAAUCGUGGACUGGCUAAACCGCCUGGAUUCAGUGUGGUUGAACUGAAAGGUAUGGUUCAUUUAUUUUUAGUUGGAGAUAGGGAGCAUCCUCAGCAUAAAAAGAUUUAUGAGUAUCUGGAAAAACUAACUAUAAAGCUGCAAGAAGCUGGCUAUGCACCUGAUAUGGCUUCAGUUCUUCACGACGUUGAUGAGGAAGAGAAAGAAAUGACCCUGAGAGUUCAUAGUGAGAAGCUAGCUGUUGCCUUUGGAAUCAUGAAUUCAGCACCUGGUACAACAAUUCAGAUCAUCAAGAAUCUUCGAGUAUGUGCUGACUGUCACACUGUGAUCAAGCUGAUAUCCAACGUUGUAAAUCGGGAGAUUGUAGUCAGAGAUUCAAAACGGUUUCAUCACUUCAGGGAUGGGUUGUGUUCUUGUGGAGAUUUUUGGUAAUGGCUCCGUAAGUAAGAAGUUUGGAUUGGUAGGCAAAUUUGCCUUGACAGACAAGGUUACUGAUAUAGAGAUGUUAUGAAUCAUACUAAAGAAAUUAUUACAGUGUACUUUCUACCGCGGAUUCUUUUGUUUGAUCAAAUAUGCUUCAGAAGACGAGUUAUGUUAAGCAAUGAACCAAGUUCUGAAUGUCUCUCUCAAGUUCUAUGGAGUAUACAGGUUCUAAUUUUGCAUCUUCAGUAUGCUACAACUCGUCUUCCGUCGUCGGUGCUAAUGGUUUGGAUUCGCUUAACGAGAAUCCAAAUGUUGAGUUGAUUGUACGGGAAAGGUUAGCGAGAAUUAUUAUUUUAUUAACCAAAAGUGGUAUUAGCUAAUUUCCAGCCCGCCAAUAUGAAGGAAAUUGCCAAAUUGGGCGAUCACGUUUAUUUUCAAGAUACCAUGUCUGGCAUCCAGCUUAUUACCCCAUGGGUUGUUAGGUCUAAACUGUCAAUUGAAAACUCAACGAGACAUGCCAUUUUCCUACCAAUUUUUUUUUUUUUUUUUCCUGCCCGAUACAAAGAAUUGAAAGAAACAAACCUCAUAGAGAUUCAAGGCAUGAAGCAGGGGUCAUCAGUAAUUGGUUUCCGAGAUGAAUUGAAUUGACCAAAAAUAAAAUUGAUAUUGUUGACCGAUUCAAAGCUCUCUGGUGUUGUUUGACCAAGAAGAAGCUCUCGGUCUCGGCUUUAGAAUCCAAAAGAAAAGGAAGAAACCCUAGACGAGAGAACGGGCCGCCGGGCCCAAUUAGGUGACUGAGUGAGAGUGGGAAUAAAAAGAGUGGCGGAAUCGUAAUUAAUGCGAUCGAGAGGGGUCAAGGCGUAUAAUUGACGCGAGGGAGAGGGGGGUGUGGCCAUUGGACCAUAGCAAAAACCGGAAUCACAUUUCUCAUCACAAAGCAGCAUUUGGCAGCGAGAGGUUUGGGAGAGCAAAACCAAGCCCUCUCUCUCUCUCUCUCUCUCUUCAUCGCUUCCAUUCCUAAUUCCCAAAU